GGGUCGAGGGCUCCCGAUUGCUCGGUCUUCGCGAGCAAAGGGUGGCGACCGCAGUUGAGCGUGCGAGGGAACCGUUGGUUUUCCAGUUGUUGUCUUCCAGGAUCCGUCCGGUAGUUGGAAUGGCCCGUGGAAAUCAACGAGAACUUGCCCGCCAAAAAAAUAUGAAGAAAACCCAGGAAAUUAGCAAGGGGAAAAGAAAAGAGGAUAGCUUGACUACCUCUCAAAGAAAGCAGAGGGAUUCUGAGAUCAUGCAACAAAAGCAGAAGGCAGCUAAUGAGAAGAAGUCUUUGCAGACAAGAGAAAAAUGACUGGCUAUUUGGAAAAUCAGGUGCUACUGCCAACUGAGUGUAUCAUAAGGUCUAAGAUCAAGAUUUUGUAGAAUGAAUGAACAGUCACUACAUAUGUUAUAACUUAUCCUUAUAAACUGUCUAUUUUAAAUUUUGCCUUUCAGCUUGAUUUAGUGUGAUGUUUUACAACCAUUCUUCAAAAAAUAAAACACUACCCAUAUAUGUG